AUGGCUCCUGCCUCCGGCCCUGCGGCUGUCGAGGCUGUGCAAUUCAAGCGCCUCGGGUACUUGUCCCUGGACAGCAACGAGCGCUCCCAGUUCCAGGCGCGCGAGCUGAAGAGUGUUUAUGUGGACGUGGCAGCACAGUUCCUGAGAAUCCUCUUUCACAAGUGCCACAUCAACCGCUACAAUGCGCUGAACCAAGUAGGGCUCAUCGCCCUCAGCUGCCUCGGGGAGGUUGUGACUCCGGCUGAGAUGCCUCAAGCCCAGGUUGCCAGCCUUGUCAGCCCUGCUGCCCAGAAAGCAAGCGCUGCGGUCCCAGCACCCCCGAAGGUGCCCGUGCCAGAUACCAAACAGUCACCGACGGUGGUGCCGCCUGCUGCCGUGCCACAAGCGCCGCCACCUGACGUGGAACCGCCGCCGGUGACUCCAACUCCAAGACAGCAGCCCACUGUUUCGAAGGUCGUGAGCGACCUCGCCGACCUGGAUGAGGCCAAGUACGAUGCGAAGACUCUGGAGCGGCUGAGGAAUUUGGUGUUGGAGAAGCAGCAGUGCGUAGAAACAGAGGACUAUGGAGGGGCCAAGCGCUGUAAGGAUGCGAUCGCCAUGCUCAAGCAGAAAGGCCUGCAGAUCUGCGAGCUCGAGGAGCAGAAGCGAGCUGCUGUGGAGAACGAGGAGUACGACACGGCCAAAUCGCUGAAGACAGAGAUUGACAGGCCGAAGUAUUGGCUUGCCUUCAGCCUCAUGAUGUCAUAA